GUCACAUGCGAUAUUUGUUGUCUUUCUAGUUGAUGACCUCGAUUGUGCUUUAACAUUGCUACAUAAAAGAGAGUAGAGAUAACCAUGCGGGAUUCAGGCACGAUGAUAACAGAAAUAACAGGAAGCUUCGGUCGUUGGCAAAAACUCAUCUUCGGAUCUGUGUUUUACAUCAGCGUGAUCGGCGUGUGGCAGAAUCUUUCCAUCACAUUCUUGGCACCGAAUGUUCCCUUCCGGUGUGUCAAUUCAACAGAAGAAUGUGUGACAGCAAAUGAUACUAUGCCAUGUUCAGAGUGGAUAUACGACAACUCUGAAACUAUUGUCAGCCAAUGGGAUUUAGUGUGCGAUAGAGAAUGGCUGAUAUCUCUCGCCAAAUCUAUUUACAUGGUUGGAUUUCUAAUUUCAGUCAUUACCUUUGGACAGAUUUCUGAUUGGAGUAAUUUGAAAAAAAUCUUUAUUGCAGUGAUGGAGGUCAUCGGAGAAAGGGACCGGGAGAUCGUUGGAAUAGGAGUGCAGCUAGGCUGGUCAGUUGGCUUUGCUUCACUAGCCGGAGUGGCCUAUCUCUUCAGGCACUGGUUCUGGUUCCAAUUAGCAAUGGCAAUUCCAAUAUUACCAAUCGCUUUGGCCUUCUUCGUUCUUCCGGAAUCUCCGAGGUGGUUGUUGAUGCAGGGAAAAGUGGAAAAACUGGAUCGCAUUCUGAGGAGGGCGGCUAAAAUGAAUAGAAAAGAAUACAAACUGAAAAUCACGGAUUUCGAUCACUUUCAGAGUCAUUCACUGGAGAAGCAGAAAUCUCUUUUGGAUUUAUUCAAAACACCCAGGCUUAGAAGUAGAAUCUUAUGCAUGUUCUAUUUAUGGAUGGUGAACUCAUUUAUGUACUAUGCCAUGUCUUACAACACAAAUGAUUUAGCUGGUGAUCCAUACAUUAAUUUCACAUUAGCGGGUGUCCUAGAGUUUCCUUCCUACGCUCUCUUAUUCUGGGGAGUGAAGAAACUAGGACGACGUCCUACAUUUGUUGGAUUUAUGAUAGGGGGAGGCAUCGCCUGUAUUUUAAUGGCUAUAGAAAUCCCAAGCAUGCCUUGGGUAAGAACAAGCCUGGCAAUGGCUGGUAAAUUUUGUGUCACUUCUUCCUUUGGCCUUCUUUACCUUUACACCACCGAAAUCUUUCCGACGGUGGUUAGAAAUGUGGCCAUAGGUUCAAGUUCCAUGAUGGCUAGAAUAGGAUCCAUAAUGGCUCCCUUCGUUAAAGAACUGGGUAGGGCGACGUAUCCUUGGGUACCGGACGUGGUCCAUGGUCUUUUAGCCAUUAGUGGGGGUCUUUUGGUUUUUCUCUUGCCCGAAACAAAAGGAAAAAGUAUUCCGGACACACUUCAGGAAGGAGAACAAUAUGAAUUGCAAGUUGGUGUAAAUCAAGUGCCAGAAGUUAAACAUUAGACAGAGAUUCUUCUAAGAAAGGAAGAAGAGGUGGAUUACAUUUAACACAAAAAUGACUUUACCUUACUAUUGUGCAAAAAUGAGCAUGCACUUCAGCAAAUAUGUACAGAAUUGGUAUUUCCGUACCAAGGAAAUGACACCAACUAAAAUGACGUGCCUUCGAUAACAAUUUUGAAGUCAAUGGAGAUAACCUCUAAGAACAACCAAGGUCCAUCAAAGACUAUUUUACUGAGGAACAGAGAGUAGGUCGCUUCU